AUGUAUUUUUACAUACUGCACGUCGAGCAGAUAGACGACUCAACGGUUGUUCUCCACGGGAAGCAGUUAACCGGUUUUUCCAAGGAGCCUCCCACGGAUGCAUCCGUAUGCAACUCGACGCCCGGAAGGAUACGUGUAGAAAACAUACACUCGCCAAUUUUUCUAAAGGCGGCCGAGGGCAAGGACGAAGAGCUGAAGAGGGAUGUCGAGGCGUUUGUGGGUGCCAGAGGGUCUAAGUGCGUGUUUGAAACUCUGUGGAAGGAGAAUGUGUUUUAUGCCAAUCUUGACAGAAAGACGAACAUGAUCAGGAUGAUUCCGGAGGGGAAGGUUUCUUUUGACAGCUUCUUUUCGGAUCACUCAGAAGCAAUCAUAACGGAGUUUGCAAAUCCCAUAGAGAACAUCAUCGUGUCAAGGAAGCUCAGGGGGCCCUGUGUCGUCAAAGUCAAUGGAUAUUCUGGGCCUUCUUCACAAGAGAUUGUUGUCAAGUCGCCAAGCAUGGUCCACUUUGUGUGCAACUCAAAGCUUCCCAAGCUAACCCUUGGCUCACUGGCCAUAGAGUUCAGCAGGGCAGGCAUCCUCAAGUACUCCUUGUAUGUACGGGGCGCUCAUCGCUGCGGGGCCGUGAGGUCAGCAGUCCAGGGCGAGAAUUCGGAGGCUGAGGGAAUGGGGUAUGUGCUCCACAGCACCCCGGAUGCACUGGCAAGCCAUCUUAAUGCAGCGAUGGCAAGCGAGGGCAUAGAUUGCAUAGUUUACCACAACCUGCCCAGCCUUAUUCUGAGGAAGUUGGAAAUAUCCGGGAUGGUGAGGUGUGACUUGUUUACUUUUGCAAGCGGAAACAUAAAGGGAUGCGAUUUUUCGGUUGAGGAGCUGUCGACAGCGCUGAACCUCGAGGUGUCUCUGGAGCUGAAGAAAGGUCGGGAACCCUCUGACAGCCGGCUGGGAUAUCAGCUUAGAAGACUUAUUUCCGAGUCUGAGGCAAUACUUCAAAUAUUCCAGGCCACGGAGGCAUUGGACCUGUCCAAGGAAAUGAGCGAGGUUUCUGGGUACAUUCUGAACAGGACCUUACAAAACCUGCGGGCCGAGCGGAUUGAAUACACCCUUCUCCACGAGCUGUAUGCAAGGGGGUUUCUGUUUCCUCCCACUGUCAGCCGGAGAGAGGUGAAGUACAGCGGAGGAUUGGUCCUCCCGCCGCAGACAGGAUUCUACGAGGAUCUUGUUCUUCUUCUGGAUUUCAAUUCCCUGUAUCCAUCAAUCAUCCAGGAGUUUAAUGUGUGCUUCUCGACGAUUGGGAUGUUCGAUAGAAGCAUUUCCGGGAAUAUGAGCUCCGAGCAGCUGGUAAGGCUGACUGAGGAUGCCAAGAAUUCGGAGAGAGGGUUUCUUCCUCGGAUUCUCGAGGGAUUUGUCAGAAGAAGGAAAGCAGUCAAGGACCUGUUGAAGCAGGGCGGGACACCAGAAGAAACCAAGGCUCUGGACAUAAGGCAAAAAGCACUGAAGCUGACUGCCAACAGCAUAUAUGGAUGUCUUGGGUUUGUGGGAUCUAGGUUUUGUAACUACACGAUGGCAGCAUACAUAACCAGCAAGGGCAGAGACCUUCUUCUGGAGGCCAAAAGAAUUGCAGAGGGAGAGUGUGGAGUGAGGAUCAUUUAUGGAGACACCGAUUCUGUGAUGGUGCACACCGGGCUUGCCGGAAAGAAGUCGAAUUACACAAAGGCACUGGAGCUGUCGAGAAGGCUGCAAGAUGCAAUCAACUCGAGAUACAAGAAGAUAGAGAUCGAAGUUGACAAGGUCUUCAAGAAGCUUUUGCUAUACAAGAAGAAGAGAUAUGCAGGCCUCUACAUGACAGACGAUGGCAAGGGCCGGAUUGAGUACAAGGGGCUGGAUCUGGUCAGAAAGGAUUUCUGUGAGGUCAGCAGGAAGAUAUGCAGAAUCGUGCUGGAGCUGCUGCUUGCAGACUGCGAGGAUCCAGAGACAUACAGAAGGUUCUACGAGGGCGAGCCGAAGAUGGUGCUAAACGAUGGAAGCAUCAAGAUCAGGGAAGCUGUGUACGACGAGCUUAGAAAGGUGAGCAGUGAUCUCGAAGGGAUUCCGGCCAGGGAGUUUGUCAUUCACAACACACUGUCCAAGGCCCCAGAAAGCUACGACGCGUGUGCAGCACUCCCGCAUGUUUCCCUGGCGUUGAGGCUGAAGGAAAGAGGAAUGAAGUUUGAGCAGGGAGAUGUUGUCUGCUAUGUCAUAGGGAAGGGUGACCCGGGGCAGGCAAUCCACAAAAGAGCAUAUCACCCAGAUGAAGACUUUGCUAUUGACUACGGAUAUUACAUAUCAAGCCAGAUUCUUCCGCCUCUUCUCAGGGUUGUUGGGAUAGUCAAGGGAUUUCAUGCAGGGAAGAUAGGGAAGAUAUUUGGGGUGGAAAGUGUUCCAAAGUCCGAGGUGCAGAAAGCCAUAUCUUUUCUGAGUCCUUGCUGCGAGGUUUCCCAGGAGGCAACUCUAAGGUGCAGAGAAUGCUCUAGACCCAUUUCCAGGGCAUUCUAUGCAUGCAAGGUUACUGAAAUGCUCCGGAAGGAGGUUGAGAGUCUGUACAGUGCAGAGUCUAGGUGCACAGAGUGUGGAGUGAGCUCCUACACACACAUGAAGACAUGCUUCGUCUGCAACUCGGAGCUGUCUUUUACGGCUCACAACCAAGACUUCGACGAUCUUCUGAGUAACCUCCAAAAGGUGUUUGCGGGGUGGGAGGAGAUUGAGGAGAUUGUAAGAAGGCAUGUGGCUGUUUCUGGGUACAGAAGAAUAGACUUAUUGAAGUAUUUUGAGAAAGAAAUGAAUAGAAGCCAUUGA